AUAAAGCGAGUUAAGCAAAAGCAGAAAAUUAAACUAAAGAAUUAAUUGAAAUAUUGUUUUAAAAAUGCGUGAUAAGAAUUCAAUAAACGCGUAUAACUCUCUGGACAAGAUGAGCCAAAUGUUACGAAACUUUGAAACUCUUCGUUGUGGGGACGGCUUCAAGCCUUGUUCGGACGCUGACAGAGCGAUAGCGCUGGCUGCAUGCACAGACUUCUCGGUUCAGGAAAUCCUUAGACCGUCCUUUGGUUCCAUUAAACGGACACACCAUCUAUAUGAUUCGGACGGUGCCUACACUUCGGACAACUGUGAUAUAUACUCAAGCUGCGAUGAAAUCCACACGGAUACAGACAGUAUACGGAGCUCAUCUCCAGAGUAUAACCAGACACUCAGCGAUGAACCACUUGACCUCUCAAAGACCUCCAACUACAGAGAAAACCAUCAGAUUCCAUCCGAUUUAAACGUCGUAAGCUUGUCGGAGCGGUUUCGUCGGCGGGUAGAGGAAGACGGAUACUCAUCGUCCGACUCGGAAGCAGCCCUGGACCUUCGUAUCCGCCGGAAGAAGACACCGCCAGCCAUGAGAAACCAGAUUCCAGCCUGGGUGUUCUGUACAAGAUAUUCAGAUAGACCUUCAGCAGGACCACGAUCCCGGAAGCGCCGUGAACGUCAGGUACAACGGAAGGCCCGUACAGCAUUUACUGACCAGCAACUUCGGGUUCUAAAUAUAGAAUUCGAGCAGGACCAGUAUUUGUCGGAGAGCAGACGACAACGUCUCGCAGACGAGCUCGGAAUCCACGAGGAAAGCGUAAAGGUUUGGUUCCAGAACAGACGCGCUAAGGCGAAAAAGAGGACAAUGGCCCACCCCCUGGCGCUAGAACUUCACGCGCUUGGGCUCUAUGACCAUAAAGUAGCCCCAACGGAGUAAUAGCAACAAAGCGUGUUUUUAUAUGUGUGUUUCUCCAGUGUUAUGAAAGGCAACCUACAAAUUGCAUAAUCAUAUUUGAACGAAUCUUUAAUUUUGUAUGCAAAACAUGCUAUUUCUAAUUAAAUUAGUAAUCAUAUUUGAACAAUUCUUAAUUUUUGUUUGCAAUAACAUUUUAUUUCUAAUGAAAUUAGUAAUCAUAUUUGAACGAAUCUUUAUUUUUGUAUGCAAAAAUGUUAUUUCUAAUUAAAUUAGAUACAUUAACUUGUUGAUUGUACAGGCAUGUGUAUAUGUACUGUCCUGUGUAUUUGCUGAACAUGCUAUUUAUAUAUAUAUGUAUCCAUGCUGAUUGUCUUAUUGUCUCUUGUUUAUCUUUUGCCAUCUGUUAUGAUAUAUGCUUGUACUUAUUUCCAGGCAGUCGUGUAUGAAAGCCACAGCCUCUCUAUAAAAUAAUACUCAAUGUAUUGGUGAUCUCAAAGCAUUAUUUAUUUCAUUCGAUCGAAAUAUUUCCACAUAUAUUUUUUUUAUAAAAACUAUGUUUACGUGUGUGUGAUGUAAUAUAUGUUUGUUUACUACGUGCAUAUGGUUUAUUUUUGAUACAAUGUCAAAUAAAGUAAAA